AUGCAUGCCAGGAGGGACAACCGUGAUCGCAACAACGAGGAAAACUGCGAUCCCCACAUGAAGACCAUCGAGGUGCGAUGCUUCGUGGUGGAAAAGAGGGACCGAGAAACACUUUUCCCUAUCAUUUCCAGGAAUGUUGUUCCUGGAACACAGAUUUUGACUAAUGGUUGGGCAGCAUAUGGUGCUCUCCCGACAAUUGGACACGUCGGGCCUGAGUUCAGAGGUUCUUUUCAGGAGAAAGUGCAUCCGUUCAUCGUUGCGUCAGAAGCAGAAAAAGGUGAGACGUAG